AUGCACGAGAUGGCGCCAUCCAAGCCCGCCGCCGCCCUGCUCCUCGCCUUGGCCGUCCUGCUCGCGGCCGCGCAGCCGUCUUCCGCCAUCAGAGUCAAGCCCGCGUGCGCCCCGAUUGUUAAGCCAUCGCCACCUCCCCCCGCAGCUUCCCCACCGCCGCCGCCGACCCCGGUGAUCAGCAACCCACCCCCAUCUGUCCCGUCUGUCCCAGCUUCCCCGCCGCCACCGAGCCCAGUGAUCAGCAACCCACCGCCAUCCGUCCCUGCUUCCCCGCCGCCGCCGAGCCCAGUGAUCAGCAACCCAACCCCAUCCGUCCCUGCUUCUCCACCGCCGGCCACCCCACCACCAGCCCCGGCCUCGCCCGCUACCCCGCCGUCCCAGCCCACGGAGUGCCUGACGCCGUUGAUGGGACUGACGCCAUGCAUGGGCUACCUGACCAACACCAGCGUGGCGACGCCCCCGGCCGCGUGCUGCGGCGCCUUCAAGUCCCUGGUGGACAACGCCCCCAUCUGCCUCUGCCACGGCCUGAACGGCGACAUCAACAAGAUCAUGCCCGCCCCCAUGGACUUCAUGCGCAUGAUGUCCCUCCCGGGAAACUGCGCCGUCCCGCUGCCAAUGCAGACGCUUGCACAGUGCGCCACGGCGCCGGUGCCACCACUGGACCCUCCUACCGCUCCAGCAGCCCCAUCUCCAAAGCCAUGA